UAUUUCUUCUUCCUCCAGAUCUACGAGGACCGGGAGUUCCACCACUUCGUCGACGGUCUAGAUGAGAGCCGCUCUAACUGGAUGCGCUACGUGAACCCAGCCCACUCAGCGGCCGAGCAGAACAUCGCGGCGUGCCAGAAUGGCAUGGAGAUCUACUUCUACACGGUGAAGCCCGUCCCCGCCGGCGCCGAGCUGCUUGUCUGGUACUGCCACGACUUCGCCCGACGUCUCCACUACCCGCCGUCCGGAGAGCUGAUGAUGCAGACAAUCA